AUGCGCCGCGUGCCCUACCCCGUCGCCAUCAUCACAGCCACCGAUCCCUCCGGCCCAGCAGAUACAACCUCAUUCCGCGGUAUGACCGUUUCCUCCUUCAGCACCGUCACCCUUACACCAGACCCCGUGAUCUCAUUCAACGUGCGUCGGCCAUCAGAGACCUUGAAUGCGUUACUAGCCUCGGGGCGUUUUCUUGUUCAUUUACUCGCACCGGGGCCUGAGACCGCGACUCUCGCUAGAGACUUUUCCAAGGGGAACACGACGCUUUCGGCAAUUCUGAGCGGACAUGGCGACUUUGAAUUUAGGGCUUUGGAGGUCGAGUCCAAGGCGCACGCUAGCGGAGAAGCCCAGAGACCUCUUCCUAUUUUGAGGCGGAGAACCGAGGUUUCGGAGGAACAUGAGUCGGUGGACUUUCCUUUCGUCUUCGAAUGUACCCUCCACCCGCAUAAGAUCGAUGUGCAUGAUCACUCUAUUGUGCUUGGCACGGUUAUCCGCGCAAUCGAGGGUAAUCCUGCAAGUCUAGAGCACGAUUGUUCCGAUCUGGACGAACAUUCACCGGGACGGCUGUGUCUGACUUAUGCCAACACCCGCUUUUGGAAGAUGGGGAGCGAGAUUUAG